UAGUAUUUUCAACCAACACUGCCUUCUUAACAACCUGCACCACCUGUAUGUAUUUAUUUUCUCUUAAGCCGGCCCCAUUUCUCUCUCUCUAGAUUUUACUCAUCCCUCUCCCACCCUCCCUUUCUCUCUCUCUCUCUCUCUCUCCUUCUAUUUCACAGAACACAUGCAUUGAUCAGCGCCUUUCUCUCUCUCUCUCUGUAUUUCACAGAAGACAUGCUUUGAACAGGGCCUUUCUCUCCCUCUCUGUUUCACAGAGACAAACAUUGAGAACCCUUGCGAAAGAGCCAUGAAAAAGAGCAAUAUCUCAUCCCCCAUGAAAGCUCUAUGCAACAACUUUGGCCCCAUUGCGUGCACACAAUCCCCCCAAACCCAAUCUUUCAGGGUCCCCCCAGACAUGUACAAGAGCUUCAAUUCCAUGUUCCAAGAAGACCCACUUUCUCUCUCUAAUGACACACUCUCUUUCUCUAACUCCAUGACCUCGAACUCCGAAGGAUGCAGCAGCACAAGCAGUAGCAGCCUCUCGACCGAUAGUUCGAUCAUCUCAUCAGCCAUGGCUAAGAGCACAAAGAGGUUCUUUUUCUCUAAGCCUGGAGAGACAAAGUCCAUUCUUGAGGAGAUGAAUUCUAAGCAAGAGCAGAACGUGGAUUUGGUCUGUGAAAACCGGGAAAUCGGGUGUGAAAGCCGCCGGGAAAUGGGGUGUGAUUUUUACAGUGAGAAAAAGGAUUUGGGAUGCGACUUUUACAGUGAGAAAAAUGAUUUGGGUUGCGAUUCUUACAGUGAGAAAAGAGGCGUGGAGUGCGAGUUUUACAGUGAGAGUGUGACAAUGUCGAUGAGUUCCGAGGACCCAUUAUGGGAUUUCAGGGUGUCAAUGGAGGAGAUGAUUGAGGCCCAUGGGCUUCGAGAUUGGGCAAUGUUGCAUGAGCUUUUGCAGUGUUAUUUGAAGCUCAAUGAGAAGAGGACCCAUAAGUAUAUUGUUGGUGCUUUUCUUGAUCUUCUUUUUAAAAUGGUUGCAGAGGCAGAGAGAGAAAAGGACUGAUGAUUCUUGGGCUUCUGCUCCUUAUAAGGUCUCAAAUGACGGAUUUUUCUUUUUUUCGGUUAAGUCUAAUUGAGGAUUUUCAACUCCUUUUCAUUUUAUUUUCUAUUUUUUUUUUAGGGUGUAUAUAAAUUUCUGCUGAUUUUUGUUCUUUUAGAGAGAAAUGGAGCUGCUUUUGGGUUUCUGUCUAUCUAAUGGUUUCAGUUGGCAGAUGUCCUGUUCAAUUAUUUUUGUGGGUGGAUUUUUACUGUCAUAUUAAUAGCCAUUUUAAUCUUUUUCUUUUUA